AUGGCAAAGAACGCCCCCCUCGGCCUCGUCGGCCUCGUCCUCAUGGGCGUCUCGCUGCUCUUCCUCUUCUUCAUUAUCCUCGCCGGCGUCACGACCGUCACCCCAUUUGAUAAAACCUACUUCCUCCGCGCUGACACGUCGGGCAUUGACGGAGCUCGCAGCGUCUCCCAGUGGACCUACCUCUACGUCUGUGGCGAAGGCAAUACCGACUGCGGUGGUGCCAAGGCCGCCCUGCCCUUCGGCCAUGCCUGGAAUAGUGACGCCUCCAACGUUCCCCAGGGUCUUGCCGGCUCUCACUCGGGCUCCAGCAACAAGUUCUUCCUCCUCUCCCGCUUCGGCUGGGUCUUUCUCCUGCUCGCCCUCUUCUUUGGCACCCUCACCUUUUUCAGCAGCUUUCUCGCCUGCUGCGGCCGCCUCGGCUCUGCUAUUGCCACCUUCGUCAGCUUCUUUGCUCUGCUCUGCCACGCUAUCGGCUCAUCGCUUCUCACUGCCACCUACGCCCUUGCUCAGAAGAAGUUCUCUGCUGACAACCGUGACUCUCGUCUCGGCCGCUAUGGCUUUGGUUUCCUCUGGGGCUCUUUUGCUGCCCUACUGAUUUCUGUCGUCGUCUUCUCCGCCGGCAUUAAGAAGGACCGCAAUCAGCCCAGCGGUAGCACUGGUGGCAAUCGCUUUUGGCGCCGCAAGAGCAACCGCAGCUACGAGGGCCGCCGUGUCAAGGACGACUACAGCUAA